AGUUAAUUCAUUGCAAUUUUCAAAAAAAGGCCUAGAAAUAACCCCUGGUUGAGCUUGGGGCAAAGCCGUGCUAGCAUCGCUCUGAAUAGUUGUCCUCACGAUUUACUCAGCCUUUGCCAAAGAAGAGAGCUGCUGUUCUAGUUUCCGCUUUUGCGCGAUUGUUUUAAUCUUCAAAUAUCUAGAUGAAAUCGCCGAUCGCUUGGAGCUGCCUUUAGCACACUGGAAGAGGUUGCUGUCUAAACGGAAACUGGCAAUUGGGACCUUUGUGUCUUUAUAUCCAAUAGGGUGUCUUUUUUGAACCCAUUCCGGUAGGUUUCGAAAGUAUAGCGGAUAUAUGGACGGUGAGUUCCGCUGUAUGUAAUUAUGCUUCUCUACCUUUUUUAUUCACUGUGCUAUCCUUCAAACCGUGCAACAAUUUCUAGACAACAAGGCAAAUACGCCAGACACUCGUAGCCAUCUCAAAUUGCUUACGGAAUCGGUUUUAAACUUAUCAGUGCUACUGCUGCUAUUGCCCUCUGCGCUCGAUACACUGUGCGAGUUUUUACACCGCAAAUGCUGGUGGUGGCGCAUGCGUCGUUAACACCCGUGCGUGUGUCUGCGUUUAUCCAAGCGCCUAUCGCUCAAAACAACAUACUGCGGCCGCAUCAUUCGAUCCUUUCUCUAUUGGGCAAAAUUUAGCGCUGAUGAGUGAAAAAAGCUUCACGGCUGACUCUAAAUAACGACCAGGCAACAGUUUGCUCGGCCACACUUAAAAGCGGUUCUAUUAAAAUAGUCCGAUAGUGUCUUUGUUCCACUGCUAUCGUUGUAAAACUGCAUUCGUUCGGAAAGGAAGUCAUACGUUUUUUGUGUAUAUUGAAAUCCGAUCGACAUCACUGAAAAUAUGAGUUUCGUACAAGUGCCUAACGAGAGUGACUUCCCACUGGAGAACCUUCCGUAUGGCGUGUUUUCUCGUGGGGAAAAAGCAAAUCGCCAUAUCGGCGUAGCUAUUGGAGAGUACGUUCUUGACGUUGGUUUAGUUACGCAUCUGUUCAAAGUGGACAAGCUCGCUGGAAAGUUGCAUGUAUUUCACAGAGAGUCGCUGAACGAAUUUAUGGCAUUGGGUCGACCAGCUUGGCAUGAAGCACGAGUCAAUCUACAACGGCUUCUAUCAGUAGACGAACCAGCACUGCGCGACGAUGCAGGCCUCCGUCAAAAGGCGCUCAUUUUGCAGUCUGAAGUAACAAUGCAUCUACCUGCACAGAUUGGUGAUUACACCGACUUCUACUCUUCUCUUGAUCAUGCCACUAACGUAGGCAUCAUGUUCCGUGGAAAAGACAACGCGCUUAUGCCCAACUGGAAAUAUUUGCCAGUAGGAUAUCACGGUCGAGCUUCGUCGUUAGUCGUCUCUGGUACACCAUUACACAGACCAUGGGGUCAGAUACGACCGGACGAUUCAAAACCGCCGCAAUUUUGCCCCAGUACGUUGAUGGAUUUUGAACUAGAGAUGGCAUUUUUUGUAGGCCCACCCAAUAAGUUGGGUGAACCUAUUGCCAUCGGUGAGGCCGAGGAACAUAUCUUCGGAAUGGUUCUUAUGAACGAUUGGUCGGCACGAGAUAUUCAAAAAUGGGAGUAUCUCCCGCUGGGACCAUUUCUUUCUAAGAAUGUCGGAACUACAGUCAGUCCAUGGGUCGUAACGAUGGAAGCUUUGGAACCGUUCAAGGUCAAUAACUAUCCGCAGGAUCCUCAACCAAUGUCCUACCUCAGACAUCAAGACCCUUAUUCGUUCGACAUUGAGCUGCAAGUGGCAAUCAAGCCCUUAGGGGCUGCGGAGUCUACUGUAUGCCGUUCCAAUUUCAAGCAUCUGUACUGGACUAUGAAACAGCAAUUAACACAUCAUUCGAUUACUGGUUGUAACAUGCGCCCCGGUGAUCUGCUUGCAUCAGGCACGAUUAGUGGACCGUCUGAAAACUCCUUUGGUUCGAUGCUAGAACUCAGUUGGCGGGGCACCAAGGAUGUAGCUUUAGAAAACGGUGGAUCCCGAAAGUUCCUUCAGGAUAAUGAUGAGGUCAUUAUAAGGGGUCACUGCAAAAUACCUGGCUUAAGAAUAGGGUUUGGAGAUUGUCGCGGAGUUGUUCUACCUGCGCAAAAGAGUCUUGAAAGCCUGAGGCAAUGAAUAAUUCACAUAAUACGUGGCAACUUCGUCACGUUAGUCACAGAUAGAUAUCUGUAUUCAUAUUAGCUGGGCAACGUUUUUAAUGUAAAUGUGUUUAAACGAAUGUUUGAUGGCACGGAUAAUUUUUGUUUUGAAGCCAUUAAUAUAAAGUUUGGUAUAAUCACAACCCUAUAACGAGAUUCUGCCCAUGGUCAUAAGCUCAAACAAAUAAAACACCUAUUUACCCACAUUUUAAAAAUCUUAA